CGCCAUAAAAACAGAAGAAGUAGCUGUAGCUCUGUGGCUGUAGCAGAAGCAGAGAUCAUGGAUGGGAAUCAAACUUCAUGCUGCAUUGUGUCAGAUAAAAGGAGCCAGUCGAAAUACUUAUGCUACACGCACAGAAAACCUGGAUUAUUCAAUAUCUGUUUGACAGAUGCCGCUGAUGUUUGGAGCACAGAAUUCACUGAGGACACGCUGACACAGUUUAGACAGAAGUUUGCUGUGAAAUCUGGAGUGGAAUACAUCCUAAAACUCAGGUCAGCCUGCGGCACCGGGAAUGUGUCUAUUGUGGUGCAGGACUCCAGUGCAGAACUCUGUUUGGGUUCUGGUCCAGGCGACCUGAGCGUGAGCCUUUCCAGGCUGGAGGGCCCACAGGCCAGGGAGGAGCUGAGGGAGCUGCUGUUCAGGAUGGCUGAAGGCCUCACUCUGUGUGACAGCAAAGGGGGAUCCCCCAGCGCCAGUCCACUGAAAGGUCAACAGUGGCGACCCACAGAGUUUGAGCCCAGGAGACAACAGAGGUCCGGUCCCUCUGUGACGGUGAAGAAACGCCUCCCGGGAGAUUCACUCAUCAACCCAGGAACCAAAAAGUAAAAGCGUCAAGCAACUGGUGUGGCCUUUGAUGAUCCAGAAGAAGACUGACUUUCAAAUCUAGACAAAGGGUUGUGGCCUCUCUCCUCCAUGUUGUGACCCUGCUGCUGUACACAUACCUGCGUGCUUUUUAUCCCUUGACACAACAUUGCCAAGUUGUAAUGUAUUUUUAAUAUUGUUACUUGAUGGAAUGAACAUGAAAAAAUAAUUCUGGUUUUAAGGACUUCACAGUGAACACUUGAAAGUAAUAAUUUCAAAUUUUAUUUGAAUCUUUACUAAUGUAAUAAACAUCUUUUUAUGAAAAGCA